GGGUCAAGGCAGGUGGCGGGGGUCAACCCCACUGUGGUGGAGCGCGGCUUUUGCCCUAUCGAAUCCAGUCUCUGGGCCAAGUCGGGGUCCUCGGUGGCAAUCAGGUUCCCGCCCUCCGGGGCAAGGAGCCGGGAGCUGUGGAUUCUUUGCAGGCGAGGGGGCGAGGCAGAGACCCCUGCCAGAGCCGGAUGCAGCAGAUGCGGCAGCCGCGGCCGCAGUCGCCCCGGCCGGGCCGCGAGUUGUGCACCCGGAGGCGCGGGGGCCCGCUCCCGCCGCGGGCAGGACGGGUCGCGGAGCCCCGGGGUCCCCGCAGGGCUCUGGGCCCCGCUUUGCUGGCCGGGCUGCAGAGGGCGGGCUGGGCAGAGCCUCGCAGGGACCGUGCGACCCUAGGCCGGCUGCGAGGGGCAUCGGGGCGCCCCCGCCCGCCCGGGAACUCCCCGCCGGCCCCCGCUGGGAGGGGAGCAGUUCGGCCGGCCCGCGUCAUCUGAUGCUGUUUCCUGCACGGGAGACAAGAGCGGAAAAAAGUGAAACUCCACCCUCCACUUCUGCCUCCCGCCCCCGGGACCAAAGUACAAAGGGAGGAGGGAGAAGGGGACGGGGUUGGAGCCGUCCGGCGGAGAGAGCCCGAGCCGGGAAGGGGCAGCUUGGCCGGGACCAGGGGCACCCCCGCCACCCCCUGCGCCCCGAGACCCGGCAGGAGCCUGGGCGCUGGUCCCCGCCCGCCCCACCUGCCGCCGCCGGGCUCCCAGGACUGUCCCGGACUGAGGGUCGGCCGCCCGGGCCCUCCGACCCGGCCAUGGUGAGACGCCGGAGGCCCCGGGGUUCCAGCCCCCGAGCCUGACCACUCGGCCGGUCGCCCUCCUCCAGCAGCCCGCGAUGCAGGGGACCAGGAGGCGCCACUCGGCUCCCCAGAGAGACGUGGGUCUGGGGCUGAGAGCCAGGGCCCGGAUGCCCAGGUUCCGGGACUAGGGCCUCCGACAGCCAGCAGGGGUGGGGACCAGGGCCACCCGAGGCAGGUCCCCCGCACGCCCCGGCGCCCACUCCAGGCCAUGGAGCCCUUGAAGAACCUCUUCCUCAAGGGCCCGCUGGGGUCCUGGAACGGUGGCGGGGGCGGCGGCUGGCCGGAGGGGUCCCCGAAGGCUGCGGCGGCUUAUGCCAACCCCGUGUGGACCGCCCUGUUCGACUACGAGCCCAACGGGCAGGACGAGCUGGCCCUGCGGAAGGGCGACCGAGUGGAGGUGCUGUCCCGGGACGCGGCCAUCUCGGGCGACGAGGGCUGGUGGGCAGGCCAGGUGGGCGGCCAAGUGGGCAUCUUUCCGUCCAACUAUGUGUCUCGGGGCGGCCCGCCCCCCUGCGAGGUGGCCAGCUUCCAGGAGCUGCGGCUGGAGGAGGUGAUCGGCAUCGGCGGCUUUGGCAAGGUCUACCGCGGCAGCUGGCGGGGCGAGCUGGUGGCGGUGAAGGCGGCGCGCCAGGACCCCGACGAGGACAUCAGCGUGACAGCGGAGAGCGUGCGCCAGGAGGCCCGGCUGUUCGCCAUGCUGGCGCACCCCAACAUCAUCGCCCUCAAGGCCGUGUGUCUGGAGGAGCCCAAUCUGUGCCUGGUCAUGGAGUAUGCGGCUGGGGGGCCCCUGAGCCGGGCCCUGGCCGGGCGGCGGGUGCCCCCCCACGUGCUGGUCAACUGGGCCGUGCAGAUUGCCCACGGGAUGCACUACCUGCACUGCGAGGCCCUGGUGCCCGUCAUCCACCGAGACCUCAAGUCCAACAACAUUCUGCUGCUGCAGCCCAUCGAGGGGGACGACAUGGAGCACAAGACCCUGAAGAUCACCGACUUCGGCCUGGCCCGCGAGUGGCACAAAACCACACAGAUGAGUGCGGCAGGCACCUACGCCUGGAUGGCCCCCGAGGUCAUCAAGGCCUCCACCUUCUCCAAGGGCAGCGACGUCUGGAGCUUCGGGGUGCUGCUGUGGGAACUGCUGACCGGGGAGGUGCCCUACCGAGGCAUCGACUGCCUGGCGGUGGCCUACGGAGUGGCGGUCAACAAGCUCACGCUGCCCAUCCCUUCCACCUGCCCCGAGCCCUUCGCGCAGCUCAUGGCUGACUGCUGGGCGCAGGACCCCCACCGCAGGCCCGACUUCGCCUCCAUCCUGCAGCAGCUGGAGGCCCUCGAGGCGCAGGUCCUGCGGGAAAUGCCCCGGGACUCCUUCCACUCCAUGCAGGAAGGCUGGAAGCGCGAGAUCCAGGGCCUCUUCGAUGAGCUGAGGGCCAAGGAAAAGGAACUGCUGAGCCGCGAGGAGGAGCUGACCCGCGCGGCGCGCGAGCAGCGGUCCCAGGCGGAGCAGCUGCGGCGGCGCGAGCACCUGCUGGCCCAGUGGGAGCUGGAGGUGUUCGAGCGCGAGCUGACGCUGCUGCUGCAGCAGGUGGACCGCGAGCGGCCUCACGUGCGCCGGCGCCGCGGCACCUUCAAGCGCAGCAAGCUCCGCGCGCGCGACGGCGGCGAGCGGAUCAGCAUGCCCCUCGACUUCAAGCACCGCAUCACCGUGCAAGCUUCGCCGGGCCUUGAUCGCAGGAGAAACGUCUUCGAGGUCGGGGCUGGGGACUCACCCACCUUCCCGCGGUUCCGGGCCAUCCAGUUGGAGCCCACAGAGCCAGGCCAGACUUGGGGCCGCCAGUCACCUCGGCGCUUAGAGGACUCCAGCAACGGGGAGCGGCGAGCUUGCUGGGCCUGGGGGCCCAGCUCCCCCAAACCUGGUGAAGCCCAGAAUGGGAGGAGAAGGUCCCGCAUGGAUGAAGCCACGUGGUACCUGGACUCAGACGACUCGACCCCCUUGGGCUCUCCUUCCACACCCCCCGCUGUCAACGGUAACCCCCCGCGGCCCAGCCCCGAGCCCGAGGAGCCCCGCCGGCCCGGCCCCAGCGAGCGCAGCGGCUCCGGCUCCGGCUCCGGGACCCCCAAGCUCAUCCAGCGCGCGCUCUUGCGCGGCACCGCCCUGCUCGCCUCGCUGGGCCUCGGCCGCGACCUGCAGUCCCCGGGCACCCCGGGCACCCCGGGCCGCGAGCGCGCUGAGCCCCCGCCCGCGCCCCGGGCCACCGCCUCCCCGCCCGCCUCCCCGCUCAUCCGCUUCUCCCCCAAGAGGCCCGACGCCCCCAGCUCCCCGGGGAGCCUCGACGCCCCCCGCCCGCGCACCCCCGCGCCCCUGCUGCUGGAGCUGGGGGUCCCCGCCGGCCAGCCGUCCGCCAAGAGCCCCCGGCGGGAGGACAGGCGCGAAAGCACGGUCUCACCACCUCCUGGCAUCUCCCGCUCAGCCCCUGGCACCCCGGGCACCCCGCGCUCGCUGCCCCUGGGCCUCAUCAGCCGGCCCCGGCCCUCCCCGCUCCGCAGCCGCAUCGACCCCUGGAGCUUCGUGUCUGCUGGGCCGCGGCCUUCACCCCUGUCCUCCCCGCAGCCUGCGCCCCGCCGCGCACCCUGGACCUUGUUCCCGGACUCGGACCUCUUCUGGGACUCACCACCCGCAAACCCCUUCCGGGGACGCCCACAGGACUGCAGGGCACAGACCAAAGAGCUGGGUGCCCAGGCCCCGUGGACACCGGAGGCGGGGCCCUGAGCACGGAAACCCGCACACACACUGGAACCAUAGCCGGCAGGCCCUGCAGCUGCCUCGGUUUCCCCCAGGGGCCCGGCCUCGGGGGUCAGGAACACUACACUGCACAGGAAGCCUUCACACUGGAUGGGGAGCCCCCAUGCCUGCUACCUACCGGGCCCCUACUGCCUGCCCCACUGGGGCCCCACACUGUGCCCAGCUGGUUGGGGGACCACAGCCUGUCUCAGGGAAGCCCCCAGGGCUCAGGUGGGGUCGACCUCUGCUGUCACCAGCACUUUGGACCAAGUCCUGCCACCGUGCCACCCACCCCCAACCCUCCCCGGGGGUCACAGGCCCAGGUCUCCUGGUGCCUUCCUACUGCCCCGGUCAGGGUCGGGCCUCAGAUCCAAUGAAGCCAAAUAAACCCGGAAGCUGUCCCCCCAAA